AUGUCGAGACGAACAUCAUUCAAAGCCCCGCGAGAUGAUAGUUUGAGUCCCGAAGGAUCUGAAUGCUCGACGUCGACCACGCAAUCUCAUGCCGACCGGAAGAAGGAGACCCAUUUGAGGUGUGAGCGGCAGCGUCGUGAGGCCAUUAACAAUGGCUACACAGAACUGAAAGCGCUACUUCCGGCCUCAAUGUCAACAAUGGGGUGCAAAACGACAAACGCCUCGAUUUUAUUUAAAGCCUCUGAAUAUAUAAAGCAGUUGCAGAGCGAAGCUGAUCAAGAAGAAAAGGAGCUUCAGCAAGCCGAAUCGAAGGAAGCGGCUUUAAAGAUGAUCGCUGGAGAAUACGAAAACAUGUCACGAGAAUCACCUCAAGAGAGCAAUAUUCAGUCUCAAAUGAUGAAAAAGUUGCUGGACGAUUGUUACGAUUCCUUUAAACACAACGUCAACCCCAGCGAUUACGGUAGUAUGGCAAAAUCGCUGAUAUCCUGGGUGGAACAGCUGGAGCCGGAAUCCAAGAAGAGCGUCAACGAGAUCAUUCGAAUGCCGUUCAAUGCCAUG